UCCCCCUUCUUCCCUAGUUUCAACUUCCGUGAGCUCUGUUUCAGUCUACUCUGUUAUUGGGCACUACCAUCAUUUUCCCGCAGAAUUUUUUCACUUUCCAGGAAAAAAUUUCAAACCCGUUUGAAUUAUCUGAAGAUUUUUCGAAAUGGGUCAGUGAGAUUUUUCUGGGUGUUAGGGCAGUGAGAAAAAUCCAAGAGAAGAAUGCCUGUUUCAACUCGGUCUCAGAUCAUGAACGAGGAACAGAUUGAUCAAAUUCCAGGUCAAGAAGAAAAACAGCAACUGAAUCUUCCACCUAGAAAUCUUCACCAUGGAUUGAAAGAGAAGAUGAAGGCAUUAACCCUUUUGUAUGAGCAGCAGAAGCUUGCUUCAGCAGCUCUUAAGAGACCAUCACCAAAAGGGAAAGAUCUAAGAUUCACAACGCAUCCGAGCGUUGAGCUAAAUGGUUCUUGUAAGAAAGAGGAGAACGAGCAGAAGCUGGAGAAUGUAAUGAGAGAAAAUGCAAUGCCUAAUUCCACUGUUACAAGAACAUAUGUUCUUCCCCAACCGCCGAUGGCUGAUGCGAAAGAAAAUAUGGUGGUUGGAACUGAUAGGAUUGUCGGCUUUUCGUGCUCAAAAAAGACGGGUUUGUCGACAAAUGUGGUGAGGAAAUUGUCGUUAGGGAACUCAAUGCCUGUGGUGGAAAUGAAGGAGAAUGUGGGGUGUAAUAAAUUGCAAGAAAUGGAGGAAUUGAGGAGUUGUUCAGAGAAGGAAAGUUUGGGAGAAAGUCGGAUUUUGGUGUUUGUGAGGCUGAGACCGAUGGCUAAGAAGGAAAAGGAAGCGGGAUCAAGGAGUUGUGUUAAAAUAGUGAAUAGAAGAGAUCUUUAUUUGACAGAGUUUGCUAAUGAGAAUGAUUAUUUGAGACUGAAGAGGCUUCGUGGACGCCAUUUUACCUUCGACGCUUCAUUUCCUGAUACCACUAAUCAGCAAGAAGUCUACUCCACCACGACAGCAGAGCUUGUAGAAGCAGUUCUGCAGGGAAGGAAUGGUUCUGUGUUCUGCUAUGGUGCCACUGGAGCUGGAAAGACCUACACAAUGCUAGGAACGGUUGAGAACCCUGGAGUUAUGGUUUUGGCUAUCAAAGAUCUCUUCACCAAGAUUAGGCAGAGGAGCUGCGAUGGGAACCAUACAGUCCACCUCUCUUACAUUGAGGUCUACAAUGAAACAGUCAGAGAUUUGCUGUCCCCAGGAAGGCCAUUAGUCCUCAGAGAAGACAAGCAGGGCAUUGUUGCUGCUGGUCUUACACAAUACAGAGCGUACUCCACAGAUGAAGUGAUGGCCUUGCUUCAGCGAGGAAAUCAAAACCGAACGACUGAACCGACCCGUGUUAACGAAACUUCUUCGCGUUCCCAUGCUAUACUGCAGGUUACAGUUGAAUAUCGAGCCAGAGAUGGUGGAAUGAACGUCGUAAACCGAGUAGGUAAGCUCUCACUGAUUGAUCUUGCUGGGUCAGAGAGGGCACUUGCCACAGAUCAGAGAACAUUAAGAUCUCUUGAGGGUGCAAACAUAAACAGAUCACUACUUGCUCUAAGUAGUUGCAUCAAUGCCCUUGUGGAAGGAAAGAAGCACGUUCCUUAUAGGAAUUCAAAACUUACACAACUUCUGAAGGACUCAUUAGGAGGAGCUUGUAACACUGUGAUGAUUGCAAAUAUUAGCCCAAGCAACCUAUCAUUUGGUGAAACCCAAAAUACACUUCAUUGGGCUGAUCGUGCUAAAGAGAUCAGAACUAAGGUUGCAGAAGCAAAUGAGGAAAUAAUGAAGGCACCUGAAUCUGAAUCAGACCAGGCUAAACUACUGCUCGAAUUGCAGAAAGAAAAUCGUGAAUUGCGUGUGCAGUUGGCUCGCCAGCAACAGAAGUUACUUACAUUACAGGCACAAUCCCUGGCUGCAGUUGCUUCUCCAACCCCAUCUUCAGCCACAUCUCUCCUAACCCCUCCAACAUCUGUUCACCCAAAUGAGAAACGAAAACCAAGAUCAUCCUUCUUGAAUGGGAACUGUUUCACACCAGAAUCUAGAAAGAAGGGAGCAGAGGAAGGAGUUAGAGAGCUUCGCCGCACAGUGAAACAAUUAGAAGCAGAGCUUGAGAAGAUGAAGAAAGAGCACGUUGUGCAGUUGAAGCACAAAGAUGAUCUUAUCAAUGAGCUCUUGAAGAAAAGUGAAAAAACACCAGGAUUGGUGAGAGGAGAAGGGGUAAAGAGGGUAGAGACAAGAAAUAGCUUAAGACCAAAGGAGCCAAGCAUAGGUGAACUGAAGAGCCCAAGCCACCGUUUCAAAUCACCAGCUCCAACAGCUAAGAAACGGAGCUUUUGGGACAUAACAACAACUAAUAGCCCAUCUGUUGCCACAUUAAAUGGAAGGAAGACCAGAAGUCAUGUACUUGCAGAGCCUCCUCCUACAGCUGCUCCCUCUAUGCUUCGUCAGCCGGGUUUUGCUCGACAGAAGCCAUAGCUCUGGAGUAAGACUAAAAGAUUGACAAGAAAGAAAUAGAGUGGUGACUAGGCUGUACUUUUGAAGUGUAAGACUAAGAGAAGAACAAAAAGUAAAAAGAAACAGAAUGCUGACUAAGUCCUAAGAUCUACUUUAGGAGGGGAGGAUGUCUUAAUGGUAGAUAAUACUUCUGCUUCAACUGAUGGAUUUUUCAUGUACACAAGUGAUUAGAUGGUAGAUUUCCUUAGCUUUUCUGUUCUUAUAUGUGAAACCCUGCAAUUGAGAUCGUGUUGCAUAUUAUUUUAUUCUUUGAAGUCAAAAUCCCUGUACUAACUAACUGGAACACAUUCCAUGAGUUAUCUUCCAACUGUUGGCUAUGUCUAAGGUAUCAUCUGGGUAUUUAUUAUUCACCCAAGA